GUUUCCUUCCUCCAUGUUCAUAUGCAUAGAAUGGCAUAUCUCAGCGACGAACGGAAGUAGCAGAGGGCAGCACUAGCAUGAAACUAUGGUUGCAUGCAGCUGCGUAAGAACUGCACUUUAGAGUUAUGGAGGAAAAAAGAAAAAAAAACUUCCUCCUUGUUAUUCCACGCUUACAAUAUUGUCCCGAGACGUCGAUCUAUUAGACAUCACUGCAGCAGCGGCGUAGUGAGCCCCGUCAAAAUAGCAAGAGGUUUGUCCCAGCUUGCUUCGACGGGCUAUGUGGGUCUAUGCUUAUGUGCGAGCGCGUGCGGACCAUUGGCGGCUAUAAAUGAAAGUUCAGAACAAUGUCGCACAUAAAGAUCAGAGCUUGCUCCAUAAUACUUAAAGACCACUUUGGCUCCGUUGUUCAGUCCGUCGGCGAAUGUCUUCUUAAAGUGUCAUGGAGAAGUUUGGGCGAAAUAGCAAGAUCAACCAAUCUGCCACUUGCCAAGAUCAAGAAGUCUUUGAUGGUCCUGAUUCAUCAGAAUCUUGUGGAUUUCGAGGCUCAUCCCAGGGGAACUGUCAAGUACUCCAUAAACGCCGACCGCGUUUUAUGUAUGCUCCGAUAUUCGCGUUACAUAUACUGCACAAAAAUGCUGUAUGGUGACGCAGGUGAAUUCAUUAUUGAGGAGGUGCUGCUGAACGGCAGAUUGUGUAUGUCCCUUGUCCUCCAGAAAGUGCUGGAAAGGCUGCAAGGAGCUGGCACCGCGGAGGACGUGAAGCAGAAAUUUGUAGACCUUGUCAAGACCAGCUUCUUGUGUAGAGUGCCAUAUCCCGACCCGGACGCCCCGGCCUCAAAGAUUCCCUCUCUCAUUAUGCCUGAUGAUGUCAUGUACAAGAUCCCAGAGGUCAAAUUGUACCUACUGAAGCAGAACACAGGUGAGCCUUCUGCAGAGCCUCCAGCAAAGAAGAUAAAGAUGGAGAAGCCCGACGGUGAGAAGCAGCCUGAUGAAAAGGAGUACUGGCGUGUCAACAUCGACCGCUUCCACCAGCACCUCAGAGACCAGCUGGUAGUGCAGGCUGUGUCCAAGCGAAUGGGUGCAAAGGCUGGUGAGGUUGUGCGCACGAUGUUGCGACUGUCGGAGACACGAUCCCACCCAAAGGAUGCUUACAGUGCUCCUGUCAGUCGCAGCGAGAUUUACCAGUCCCUCCAACAAGAGAUUAAAAUCUCCCAACAGGAGCUGGAUUCCUAUCUGAGCCUUCUCGCAGAUGAUGCCCUGGGCCUAGUAAGACGAACGGAUGAACGAGGUGGCAUGUUUAGUGUCAACCUAGAGCGCACGCUGCGUCUCCUCGCUGAGGGUGUCCUAGCAUCCAUAGUUCAGGACCGCUUUGGAGCCAAGAGUUGCCGCAUCUUUAGGCUGCUGCUUGAAAAGAAGUACUUGGAGCAGAAACAGAUAGAAGAACUCGCAAUGAUCACUGCUCGAGAUGCCAAGGAAAUGACUUACAAAAUGUUCCAGGAAAAGUUCGUCUUGGCUCAGGAACUUCCAAGAACACCAGACUAUGCCCCUUCCAGGAUGAUCUACUUGUUCCAUGUUGAUAUUCCACAGCUGAGUCGUCAGGUGCUGGAGUGGUGCUACAAGGCACUGGCCAACAUGAUGCUGCGAAGGAUUCACAUCACUCAGGACCUUAAACGACUCCUGGACAAGAAGCAACGGGUGGACCUCAUCUUGUCUACUAUGCAUCCAAACAACUCCACACCCGAACAGAUCGCAGAGGUGAAAGAAAUGGUCACUCCUCCUGAACGGAAACAGCUUGCCUACGUCAGGCAUGUCACAUCCAAGAUAGGGCUCGGUGAAGUGCAGCUUGAUGAAACCAUCCUCAUACUGCAGCUCUACAUUCUGUCGUUGUCAAAAUAGGCACGUCACCUCCAAAAUGGGGCACGUUGAAGUGAAGCUGUAUGAAACCGUCCCUGUACUACAGCUCUAAAUUCAGUCCCUGUCAAAAUGAAUUAUACAAACAUUGCAAUGACUUGCUGUUGCCUGGCUUCCGUUUCUCUCAUAAUAUUUAAAAUAGCUGUUAAAGAGACACUAACGGCAAAUACUAAGUCGACGUGCAAUGUUCAAAUAUAAUUAGAAGAACCUCGCAGUGCUUGUUUCGUGCCAAGAAAAUACUUAAUUUGCGAGAAAAUUGCGUCUGAAGGGUCUGUGUACCUUUAGCGUCAUUCAAAUCACUUGUGCCAAGUAGGGAGUGGCGAUGUUGCAUGCGCCAUCUCCACCCUCUACUGCUGUCUGAGUAAAACGGCACCUAGCAGAUGGCACUAUGGUUUCCUGCGCAAAAUGCAAACGCGCAGCCAUGAAUAAGCCAAGCCAACCGUUGGAUUCGCCGCUGCAGCUACUAGUGGUCAAGUGGUGUGGACCAUUCAGGAAUCCUGCGAUAUCACAUGGAUGUAGCAUUCUCUGCUACUUGCACUUUAUGUGAAUUUUGUGAGCUUGAAAACGAGUGCAGCGCUAUGCGAUAAUGAAACUACUGAAACACGAAAGUGCAGGUGCCGCAGAGUGGAGAAAACGAAACUUUUCGAUCACCCCCGUCGUUCUCAAGGGUAGCGUCAAUUAGUUUUAUUUUAAUCAGAUAGAACUGGACAAGUAGCAUUUUCUUUCGUUUUAUAAUGCAAUACAAUGAUAUUACGAGUGGUUGAGUACUAGUGACAGAAUUAUAAUGAGAAGUGCCUUUGUCAUUGAGCUAGUACUUGAAUGUCCCAGGGGAGUCUCAAAUCGUGUCCUGCAUUUGCUGCGAUUUCUAAGUUACUAAAGCUCUCUUUGCGAUAAUAUUGAUGCCUUAGACAUACUAAAGCUAUGUCACUUUAACUUGAUGUAAUAUUUGCCUUUAGUGUUCCUUUAAGAAUACUUCCUCCAACUUUCAUAAACUGUUGCUGGUAUCAUCGUCAUCAUGCUUAUAAUCAUGACUCCUUGACAGAAGUUUGCCAAAAAAAGAAGGCCACUUACACAAACAUGGGAUUUGACCUCAAGGUCUGUGAAACCUCGGCCAUCAUGCCAUUGUUGUUAUACCACUGUCAGCUCUCAUCAUGUCAUCAUUUCUGGACCCGAUACCACUAUUUUUAGACAGUGCUCAAGGCUUUGCUUUCAACAGUCUUCUAUAUAGUAUUCUUUUAGGUUAAAAAUAGCAAACAAAAGCACACUCAGCUUUGAAUUCACCUUUUGGAUUUUGACAACUUAUUGAGAGUUGAUCCAUAUCCCUGUAGCCAAGAACCACAUAGAAGGUGUUUCAUGCCACUUGAACUAAACUUUUUAAUAGUUGCACAUUGUUAGUAGUUAUCUAGAGUUACUUAGGCUAUUUAUUAAUAUACAAUUCACGAACUAGUUGGGCUCAAUAUUGAAUAUCUUUUGGGGGGCAUAGGUUGUAUAUGACAAGUUGUAGGGCGUGCUUAGAAACACCCAAUGAAGUUGUUUCUAUGACACUAUGUUUCACAUAGUUCUGUUUCUGGGGCUCCCAAGAAAACCGGCAAAAUAAAGAGAUGGUAUCACUGUGCCUGUGCAUCUAAAUUGCAGCGCUCUCAAUCAUGUUUCUGAAGAACAAAGCCCAUGUGCCCAUCCUGUAAAAGAAAAAGCUGACAACAGCUUUUCCAUACGUGUUUGGAUCCAGUGCAUUCCUUGUCGUUUGAGAAUGUUGAGAUUUCCAGCUUCACAACAAUGGCGCUGACAAGGCUACCUGGUUCACGCCGGAUGCUGUGGCUGAUCGCCAUCUUUUAAAGUGCAGUGCGUCCGUUCCUGGGUUGAGCGUCAGCGUAACUGCGUGAACGCAUGCGGGCCACUGCUCGCACGUUCGUCUUCUAUCUACCAUAGCUGGCUUGUUGCUGCUCCUCAGCGUAACCACACGAAUGUGCUCGUGUCGCUGCUCGUGUCACUUCUGGUGCCACUGCUCGCGCGUUCAUAGUCGUCUUCUGCCACAGCUGUGUCCGAUGUCACUCAUCAUGCCGGCACUAACAACACUGGCCCACGUUUUAGUCAGUGUGGCGAUUACGGUCUCAAAGUUUUUGCCUCAGUAUAUCGCAAAGUGAAAACACGUAUAAAGCUGCAUUCAAAUUUCGCACUAGAAAUUAUCGUAAUUGUCGGGACAUUUUUUGCAAUGGACAUGUGGGUGAGAAGAAGGAAAAAAGGCGAAGACAAUUCUGUGCUGCUGAUUGAGCCAGGAGUCAAACAAGGGAGCUCUCAAUUCCUAGACAGACACACUUGCCAACUAGGCUGUGAAAUGAGUAGUGCCGUAGCACAUCUUUAGAUAAGCAGGGUCGGCAACCUUGAGCGACGACAUUUGCAUCACUCAGCACCCGAUGCUUUGGCGUACAGCCGACAAUGUUCCUGGCACUAGGCCAGGCUUGCCAUCUUUGCACUGUGCCAGGAAUGCUGUUGGCCAUGUACCUUGACCUGUCAGCGCUGAGUCUUGCAAAGGCUUGCAAAAAUAGUUGCCUGAGAAACCGCCCUUGCAGUGAUUUAUAAAAGCUUGUCAGAAAGUUUCUAAAGAGGAGUACAGCAGCGACUAAUCUGCCAUUGCAUGUUGGUAGCUAUAAAGAUAGUAAUGAUGGUGAUAAGGAAGAAAGAAAUUGUCUAGCUGGAAAUAGCGAAAGGAUCACGUUCUUUCGCUAUGUUGUAUUCACUGCGACAGUAUUCUGUUGCAGUGAGGAAGGUGGCAUUGUUAAUGAGAAUUGGCAUACACUGUUCCUGUAAGAAAUACAUUCUAUGUUGACGUUCAUUUCUAGGUGCGAGAUAGGCAGCCAUUUUUUAAACAAGUUGCGGCCUGAUUGUACUUGCAUUAACAGAUCUGUAUUUAUUUCGUAAAAAAGGUUUGCUUGAAGUGGUAUAAAUCAGAGUGGGUACGAGAGUACUGCAAUCAAGCAAGCUGCUGUUAUGAUCAAGUAUGAUAACGUACAAGUGAAGCAUGCUCUACAGGCUAUUCCAGAUAUUUUUUUGCCAUGGGCAAAAUUUUUCACCUGACUAUACAAGUGCAGACCUGUGAACCUUGAACCAAUAGAACGCUAGAGCUGCAGCCAGAAAAGUAGGUCUUACUACUGCUUAUUUUGCCAUUUUAUUUUUUCCUUUCUUGCUUUUAUGCAUAAACCUUGUUCAAGGAGUGUUAUGAACAGCCACAUGUCUCUAGUUGCUGAAUGAUCUGCUGAAGAUUAACAGUAAUUAUACACUCUUUUCAUGCUGUCAACCAUGUCAGACACAUUCUUUUUUUUCCCAUUAAAAUGCAGCAAUAUUUUAUACUAACCAGCAAAGGCAACGUUAAUGUCACAAUUAGCACAUGCUAUGUAUAGCAUGCACUUCUACACUCAAAGCUUUUUGAAGUGACCAUCCAUACUCUACUUAGCUCCUGGCAUAAAGGGUUGGCAGGCACAUAAUGGUUAACACGCUGGCUAUUUUCUAUCAGUUUCAUUUGACAAGAACACUCAUGGUUGUGGGUAGACAAAGCGCCGCAAGAUAUCACUACCAGCAUUUUUGCUACUGUAUAAAGCGCAGUUUUAAAAAAAAGGAAACUAUAGUCCACAGCUCCAGUGACCCAGUAAUCAAUAAAAGUAGCCUAUGGGCAAGCUAAAAUUUCUUAUCACGAUGAUGGCAACAGUGGUAUUGCGACAACCAUAGCAGCAUGACUACGAUAGUGCAUGCAACAAUGACUACAAUGAUGCGACAACAGCACAAUGACAAACACAAUGGUCAGCAUGACAGUAACCUGAAGGUAGUAGCGGCAUGAAGACAGCACUGUGACAUAUGCCACCACAUUAAGAAAGGGACGUAGAAAACCCAGUUUCGAGCUAUCGAGUGCCGUUGCGGUAAAAAGUUACGCAUAGUAUUUGUAUCCAAUGCAUGAUUCACAGCAUGACAACCAUGCUGCAGCAUUAUGGAGUGAAAUGAUAGACAAAGCAAACCCUGUUUCAGUAAUACUUUUUCACUGUUGCAGCAAAAUCAUAAACAAGCGCAAGAAAAUUGGGAAACUUUUGAUAAAUGUUCUCAAACUUGACAGAAAAUAAAGUUGUCGGUGGAUUUUGUUCAGA